CUAUGCCUAUUCAUUUGCUUGAACUGCAUAUGUCAGCUCUGCCCUCUCGAAUAUUGUAGCAAACAUAUGUUUGUGUGCAACUUCUGUACUUAUGAGUACUAG